AUGAGCGUUCUUAGCUGUUUUGGCUUUGUAACAUUUGAAAUUGAGGAUGUGGUGGAGAAAGUCUGCGAGAUCCAUUUUCAUGAAAUCAAUAAUAAAAUGGUAGAGUGCAAAAAGGCUCAGCCUAAGGAAGUGAUGUUUCCUCCAGGGACACGAGGUCGGGCCAGGGGCCUCCCAUACACAAUGGAUGCACUCAUGCUGGGCAUGGGCAUGCUAAGUUAUCCUAACAUUGUAGCUACAUAUGGCAGAGGCUACUCUGGUUUUGCCCCCAGCUAUAGCUACCAGUUCCCAGACUUCUCAGCUACAGCGUAUGGGCUGGUUGCAGCAGCAACUCGUGGCUCAGGUAGGGGGACCCAUGGAAGAGGUGGCAGCUACAUGGCAUACGGGCAGAACGCAGGGGCAGGGUUCCCUGAUUAUGGGUUGUAUUCCGCGGCCGGGACCAGCGUUGAUGUGCGGGGAGGAACGCCGUACUCCCUGGCUGACUAUAGCUCCAUGGGUGCCCAGGCAGCUGCUCAAAUCCGGCCCAGUGAGCAUGUCAGUUCGGCCUGCAACUCUCCCUCUACCCUCCAGCACCACCUUCAUAGCCUGGACCCUUUUAAGAGCCCAGGAACCCACCCAACUCAGCCCGGAACCUUUCCUGGUGCCAACAGUCCUGGUCCUGUAGCUGACUUCUACGGUACCUCCAAUCAGGACUCUGGUGUGCGCAACUAUAUCAGUACCACCAGCCCUCAGCCAGGCUCUGACUUCAGCCACGGCAUUGCUGGUCCAUUGAUUGCGACAGCUUUUACAAAUGGAUACCACUGA